GCUGAUCGUGUGUGAGUGAAAAAAAAAUGGCGACCGUACGGCUGUUUAAUCCCGUUGUCAGAUAACUGUCAAAAGAGGUCGAGCUUGCUGUUAGUCUACGUCGUUAAUAAUACUUCUUGCAAAUGUGUACAUAAUUAGUCAUAGUACGCGAUGACAUUUCACCAGUGGAGACGUUUUAAUUUUUUCGAUCUCAAGAAAGAAGUCGAUGGCGGAGAAAUUGCUAAGGCACUUGGAGAUGCUCAAGUCACAGCAGCUACGAGCGGAAAUGGCAAUUUAGUUUUCGGUGAUAAUACAGGCAAUGUGCAUUUAGUGAGCAGGACUUACAACAUUACCACUUUUCGAGCUUACGAAAUCACGUUAACCUUAGCUCAACAAGUUCAACAUUCCACGUUCCUGUUUACCAUUGGUGAGGAUGAGCUGGGUUGUAAUCCUACGAUAAAAGUCUGGAAUUUGGCUAAACCAGAUAAACAAGGAAAUCCAACAUGUGUCAGAAUAAGUAGAGCUAUACCUAGCUACAGAGCUGUUCCUGCAACCACAUUGUGCGUACAUACUAGUCUUAAUUUAAUGGCCAUUGGUUUUGGAGAUGGCUCAAUUAUGCUUUAUAGAGGUGAUUUGACCAGAGAAAGAAAAAAUAAAAUAAAAGUGCUGAAAGAUACAAAUCUUUCAAUCACUGGCUUAGCAAUAAGAUCCACGAGCAAACAAACUCAUUUGUUUGUUGCCACACCAAGCAGUGUUUUUCUUUAUAAUGUUACUGUUAAGGAUAAAGAAUUUAAAUCGACCCUAGAUACCAUGAUGGGAUGUGCUAAAAAGUGUAGUGUCCUUGCAGACUCUGUGCAAGACAGUCACUUCAUGAUUGGCCAUCAUAAAGCAAUUUAUUGUUAUACACCAGAUGGUAAAGGCCCUUGUUAUGCUGUAGGAGGUGAAAAAAUAAUGCUAGAAUGGUUUAGAAGUUACUUAGUUAUCAUAGCAAAAGAAGAUCCUGAUGAUACGAGAACGGCAACCACUAUUUCUGCAAAACCAAGUACUAUAGAACCAAUACCUCCAGGAGUAGAUAAACACAUAAUCACGGUGCUGGAUAUCCAGAAUAAAUUCACCGUUUUCUCUGCGCCAAUGUUAUCCGUGCAAGCAGUGUUAUCAGAAUGGGGAGGUUUUUUUAUACUCAGUGGCGACAGUAAACUGUACCACCUGGAUGAAAAAGACUUGCAAUCAAAAUUAGCGUUACUUUUUAAAAAGAAUUUAUACGAUGUGUCUAUAAGAAUAGCUAAAAAUCAGCAAUACGACGCUGAAGGUCUUGUCGAUAUAUUUCGACAAUACGGCGAUCAUUUGUACUCAAAAGGAGAUCAUAAUGGAGCGAUAGAACAAUAUAUAAAAACUAUUGGCAAAUUGGAACCAUCUUAUGUAAUCAGAAAAUUCUUAGAUUCUCAGCAUAUCGAUAAUUUAACCACUUAUUUGCAAGCUUUACAUAAAAACGGACAAGCAACGGAAGAUCAUACCACUUUAUUAUUAAACUGUUAUACAAAAUUGAAUCAGACAGAUAAAUUGAAGGAAUUCAUCAUGACGAAAGACAGAGAGGUCGACUUUGACGUCGAAAUUGCGAUAAAAGUUUGUCGCCAAGCAUCACCGGAAGAUGCCUUACUUCUAGCACAAAAACACAAUCGUCACGAAUGGUAUCUUCGUAUUCAAAUAGAAGAUAAACAUGAAUAUAAAAAAGCAUUAGAAUACAUGGCAACUUUAGAGUUCGAAGAGGCGGAAUCUAACAUGAAAAAAUAUGGUAAUAUACUCAUAGAAAAUGUGCCAAAUGAAUCUACACAAUUUUUAAAAACAUUAUGUACCAAGUAUAGACCUUCCAACAAGCCGCUCGUUGAUCAGGAAAUGUUAGAUGGUACCGUGGACCAAUAUUUUGAUAAAGCUAAUCCAGAAGAUUUUAUCCAUCUGUUUUUAAACAAUUCAGAACGUCUGGUAGAGUUCUUAGAACAUCUGGUAAAAACAGAUACCAAAUGGAGUACUCUAGUAUAUAACACAUUGGUGGAACAUUAUCUUCAUGUAUGGUCAGCCUUAGAUAACAAUGUAACUAAAGUGCAAUAUGAACAGAAAAUUAUUCGAUUGUUGCAAAGUUCGGAGGCGUGUUACGAUAGAGACCAGAUAUUAAUUUUAUGUCAUCAGCAUAACUUCAGACGUGGUUUAAUCUUUCUAUACGAAGAAAGUAAAUUGUAUCAGGAAAUAUUACGAUUUCAUUUACGGGAAGGUGACAGUGAGCAAGUUUUGGCUACUUGUAAACGAUUUGGUCAUCAAGAUCCAAAUUUAUGGGUGCAAGCAUUAUGGAGUGUCGCGAGAAACAAAGAUGCGCCAACGAAACUUCUUGCAGAUAUAUUAGGCUACAUAGCACAAGAGAGACUUCUAUCGCCACUAAUGGUAAUUGAUGCAAUUUCAACUUCGCUUUCUUGUACUCUGGGAGACGUGAGGACUUAUUUAAAUAGUGUGCUGCGACAGGAGCAUGAACAGACACAGGCAGACAUAGAAUUAACCGAUAAAUAUCGAGCAGAUACUCAAAAAAUACGAGAACAAAUAGAAUCGAUUAAAAAUAACACGAUCAUAUUUCAAGGAUCACGUUGCAGCGCAUGUCGUGAUCAGUUAGAAUUACCAUCAGUACACUUCAUGUGUCAACAUUCGUAUCAUCAACACUGCUUCCAAAGUUUUUCGGAAAAUGAGAACGAAUGCCCUGCUUGCUUGCCAAAUAAUAAGAAGUUAUUAGACAUUAUUAGAGCACAAGAACAAUCCAGAGAUCUUCAUGAAACAUUUCACAGUCUUCUUGACCGAGCGGAAGAUCCAUUUUCUUUAGUAGCCGAUUAUUUUGGACGAGGUGUCUUCAAGAAAUUAAUGGUGAUCACUGAUGCCGAUAAAUCGUUGUCUGCAGCAUCGAUGAAAUUCGAAGAAUCUAAAUUAAAUUACGGACCAGGAGCAGAGGCCAGAAUUAGAUUAACAGAGGGAAAAAAUACGUCACUAGGUAAAGGCAACUUUAUUAAACAAAAAUUUGUUUUAAUUGAAACCCAUCGUUUCCACGGAAUUAUUUCUGCAGCAUUAGACGAUCGUUUGCGUGCUUACCCAAAGUCGGAUCUUUACUCUUCGUCGUUAGAAGCAAACAUUUCUGGCACAGGUAGCGGUAUAUCUACUCCUCGAGUAAAUUCAAGAAAAGCUUCGCCAGUGCCUAUAAGAGAGGCGCGUAUUUUAAAUAAUACAACGCCGAAAUCAUCACCGAUACAAAAAUCUUUCAUACCGCCAAAAACACCUAUCACGCCAUCGAAUCCAUUCGAAAAUGAUGACUACGAUGAAUCGAAGAAUCCAUUUUUCGAAGACAAAGAUGAAAAUGAUGAUGACACAUUUAAGGACGAUGAUGAUGAUUAUAACAAAAAUUUAAAUCCUUUUGCUAGAUAAAGUGAAUUAUAUUCAGCCAUUUCAGUUAUUAAGUCCACAGAUAAGUAGUAAGUGAAUUAUACGUUGUUACAGAAGAUCACGAAUUGUCGAGCCUUGUAAAAAGAACAUCAUAAACAUUAUUACUAUACGCAGAUAAUUGUAAAUUAAUUUAAAAAAUUCA